UUUAAUUGCAAUUAUAAUGUUGAGUACACCGGCGCUAAAUACGGUGUUGAAAAGUCAAAGUUUGAGUGACGCGUUUUAAAUUCAGUAACUUAAAUAAAAUAAACGCUCAAACAAUUUAAUGCCACUUAAUAAUUUUCUCUUUAAUUUCAAUGAAUGAAAGUGGCUUGCUCUAAAUUUAAUGUAAAUAACGCUUUUUUUGGCGUUGUUUUUAUUUUUUUUUUAAUGCUACAAACGGUAGCCAACGUGGAAGCGAUACGAAAGGUAGGACCAUUUUAUUUUUGUGUGUAUUUUUUAUUUCACAAACCAAUAUUUCCAUAAAAUUUAAUUACAAAAAUAAUGUUGAGUACACCGGCGCUAAAUACGGUGUUGAAAAGUCAAAGUUUGAGUGACGCGUUUUAAAUUCAGUAACUUCAAUAAAAUAAACGCUCAAACAAUGUAAUGCCACUUAAUAAUUUUCUCUUUAAUUUCAACGAAUGAAAGUGGCUUGCUCAAAAUUUAAUGCAAAUAAACAUUUUUUUUUUUCAUUAUUAUUAUUAUUAUUAUUUUUAAUGCUACAAACGGUAGCCAACGUGGAAGCGAUAUGAAGGUAGGUGCAUUUCAUUUAACGCCAAGUGAAAAAUAUUUAAUAUAUGUGUUGAGUUUUUUCCAUUUCACAAGCCAAUAAUUUUUUUAUUCCCUUCAUUUUCGAAUAAUCAUUGUUUACCUCAUACUUAUUUCCUUUAUUCCUGGCAUUGCUGACAAAAUGAAGCAAUUACUUGGACUUGGUAGUCGUUGACGUUCGAAGCAACGACUGCCAAAGUGCUGAAUAGCUGACCAAAAUCCACCUGUAUUUUGACAUUUGUAUAUAAAAAUGCACUGUAAUUAGUUUGUACAGUUAGAUUAGUUUAGGGUAAGAACGGAGGAACCAAUCCUGUCUUAAGGUCGGGUUCCACGCCAAGGGGCGGGGUGGGGCCCCUUGGAAGAAGAAAGAAGAAAGGAGCCAGUUAAAAUCAUCCAUCAUUAUCAUCGGUGGUUUACCAAGGCAGGAUUUGAAGAGUUUUGCUUCGUUCCUGUUCUUGGUGCUCUAAAUGCGGUGUUGAAAAGUCAUAGUUUGAGUGACACAUUUUAAAUUCAGUAACUAUAAAUAAAACAAAACACAAAUAAUUUAUCGUCGCGUACUGAUUUUGUCUUUACUUUCAAUCGAUAAAGUCACUUGCUCAAAAUUUAAUGCAAAUAUAGUAAUUUUUGUAUUAAGUGCGCGAAAUGAGUGUUUUUUUAAUGGCGCCUGAGAAUGUUAUUUUAGUCGAGACCGCCAGGUCGAGACCUAAAAGACAUUCGAAGGCGCCAUUAAAACAUGAAUUUCGCCACGAAAUACAAACAACGUUUUUUCUACAGCCUCCAGAUGAAGAAAAAAGUAACAGAAAUUAGUUGGAACAAAAUGGUCUGAUAAAUCGAGUUGCUUGCAUGGUUACGAUGAUAAAUAAAAGUGAUAGUUGCGAAAAAUUUGUCACAAUAGGUAUUUUUGUUGAAGAAGUGUGAUGGAUUUUAGCAGCGAAAACGAAAUAGAUGCAAUUGCAAGCGCGGCAGUGUCGAAUCUUUUGCCUGCUAAAUCAAGACCGCAGUACGAAAAAACGUAUCUUCAGUUUCGGCAGUGGUGUUCUAUGAAAAAGAUUGAUCAAGUAACGGAAAAUGUUUUGUUGGCGUAUUUGGAAGAAAAGUCUACCACCUUAAAGCCACCAACACUCUGGGCCCUUUAUGCGAUGUUGAAAGCCACCUUAAACGUUAAAGAGAAUAUCGAUACACGUAAGUUUCCGAAGUUAGUGCCCUACCUGAAAAGCAAAAGCGUAGGUUACAGAAGCAAGAAGUCGCAAAUUUUAGACAAAGAAGACAUUAGCAAGUUUAUUAAUGAAGCAGAUGACAAGAUAUAUUUACUGAUGAAGACUGUGCUAAUUUUGGGUAUAUCGGGAGCCCUUCGACGUGAAGAAUUAGUUAAAAUGAAGCUAACUGACAUAGAAGAUAAACAGUCUGUCUUAAUUGUGAAGGUGCCUGAUACAAAAACCCACUGCGAACGAAUAUUUACUGUUUCAAAUUUAGAAAAUAUAGAAAUUGUCAGAAAAUAUAGAGCUUUGCGGCCUCCACGGGCGACUAGUGACCGUUUAUUUUUAAAGUAUACCAACGGAAAAUGUGUGAAUCAAAAUGUUGGAAUUAACAAAAUCGGAGAGAUACCAAGUUUGAUUGCAAAGUGGCUUAACAAAGACGAACCUAAAAAAUAUACUGGUCACUGCUUCAGAAGAAGCUCUGCCACUCUUUUGGCGAAUGCUGGAGGUGAUCUAAUUUCAAUUAAACGUCAUGGGGGCUGGAGAAGCAGCACAGUGGCAGAAAGUUACAUCGAGGACUCUUUGAAUAAUAAAAUUGAAAUUGCCAAUAAAAUUCAACCUUCUUCCUCCACAGAAGAAAACAAAAUCACUCAACCUUCUACAUCGGCUUCUUUUAAUGGCGAAAAUAACUUUCAUUUACAAGCGUCUUCACUCAGGCCUCUGGGGAUAAACGGGGGCACGUUUUCGUCAUGCACAUUUAAUUUUCAUAUGUCAAAGUAAAUAUCUAUUAUUAUUGUUUUGUAAUAUUGUUCUGUAUAAUUAUAAAACCUUUAAAACUA